AACCCGCGCCUACACACACUUGCACGGCUAUAUAGAAACCGCUAACGGAUCGUUCGCUUUAUUUGCUACUGGAACGUCGCGGCGUGCACUUCGAUCAGCUGCACUUCUGAGAAACUAUAUAGUCUAUAUAACCGUUCGUGUGUGUGUGUGUGCUGUGCUGUGCGCUUUGUGAUCGCGUUAAAUAUCUAACUUGUAAUUGCUUACACUUUAGCAUAAGCUAUUUAGGCAACGUAAGCACGAAAAAAACGUAAAAACAACUACGAUCUGGAGAACAUGACAAAGAACAAAAGUCAAAAGAAGAAGGCGGCGGCAGCAGCAGCCGCACAAAAAAAUAACAACAAUAUUAGUCCGCCUGAUGGAGUAUUGACGCCGCCGUUAACGCCGCCUUCCAGUAAUGGAGCUGGAACGAAAACAACACCCGGCCCCUAUCCCAAUGGAAUGGCUCGCAAGCCGCCAGUGGCAUGGGAGCGCGAGUUUAUUGGAACGUUUCUGCUGGAAAUGGCCGAUCGGCAGGUGAUCACUGCCCGAUCGGAGUGGUACGUGGACAAGAUCAAAAUGCGUCAAAUGUUCGACGCACAUAUUGCAUCGCAUUCCAAGAGCGGCGAGGUGCGGUUGAAGCUAUCUGUCCAGGGAGCCUGGAAUAUCGGAUCUCUGCUGCAUCGGACCAACUUUCUGAUCAAUACGCCGCGUGGCAACAACAAUUAUCGCAUCAAGAACUUUGCCUUGAUGGAAUUUCGCAAGGAGAAGUACAACUUGAUGGACGAAAAGCACCGUCAGCGGGACUCCAGUGCCACAUCAUUGGCCGCUAUUACCGGAGGAGCUCCGGUGGAGGUUAAUGGCAGGCCCAUAACCGAAGAGUACAAACUUGAUUCGCAGGCCGCGGCUACCAUAUUAAAGUACCAAAAGACCCAGGUACAGAUGCCGCCCAAGGACUUUGAACUGGAUUCCAUGGGCUGCUACAUCUGCCAGGUGAACUUUGAGACUAUCGAGAAGUACGAGGAGCAUGUGGAAUAUCAUGGCGAUGAGUCCGAUUUCAAGUCCCUCAAAAAGAUGGAGAAGCUCUCUUCCCCCAAGCUGACGGUUUCGUAUCAGACCUGCGUGGACAGCCACUACUUUGGCUUCACCUUAAAAACUGAAUUUAAGGAUUUGGUGGUAAACAAGUUUAUUAUUGUGCAGUCGCGGCAGUUCUACUACGUGAACAAUGCCCGUAUGCCGUUGGAGGUGUCGGAGAGCGGAGAAUUGGUCUUCUUUGUGGACUCGCAUGUCUUCAUGAUCCUCCGGGAAAUGCCCAUCGUGAUUGGAUUUACCUGCAACGGACUUAGGUAUGUGGAGCAGCACCACUUCAUGCGAACGGAGGCGCUGCCCAAGGCCAGCUUCAACAUAAAUCCGUACCGGCUGUCCAGCAAUGAGACCUUCAAGAGCCAGCGUCUGGCUCCGGCAAAUCCGCCCACCGAGGUGGUGAGUGCCCUUAAGCACGAGGAUGCCCAGGUGCGGCUGGCCGACUUUGACAAGCACUACCGCAACUUUUGCGAGCGGGGCAAUGAUCUUACCCAAGAGAACAUCAGCGGUACGUUGCGCACAUUGCUCCAAGUGGAGGACAUCGAACGGUUGCAGCACUACCUGGCUCUCAAGCAGUCCAAGAUGGAGCUGCACCAGUUCGGCCGGGAGCUCUCGGUGAAGUUGCAGCUGAGCGCGAACAGUAUGAGCGUCGAGGAUAUUGUCUCGCCGGGCGACGAUGUGCUGAUUAUCAACGAGCGUGGUUGUCCUGAGGCGGGUGUGCGCCAGAUGCUGGAGAGCAACAACCAGGUGCUGGAGCUGGCCCUCAAGGACUUCGACUCGAUCGUUCAGUGGGGCCGAAAGGUGGACGAACGGUUUGGAUCGUUGGACAAACCGCCGCGCGUCUACUUUGCGCGCAUCCUGGGCGUCUCGACGCAGCGUGUAAACAUCACUUGUGAACGUCAGCUGGCGGAUAACACCACAUACACGCUGAUCUUCCGUCCGCUGAGGGCAGUGAUGCGCUACCAGUAUCGAGCGCUCCAGCAGUUGGCCUUGACUCGCGCCGAGGAUGUGCAAAGGAUUCUCUUUCCCGGCGACAUUCUGUGGGAGUCGGUGCCACGGGAGGCCUUGAAGCUGAACAACGGAAGGAUUGCCAGCAAUCCGGAGCAGUUGGACGCUGUGAAGCAGAUAGCUUUAACCAAGAAGCUCCCCGCUCCGUACAUCAUAUUCGGACCGCCGGGAACCGGCAAGACCGCAACCAUAUGCGAGGCCAUCUACCAGCUGUACGUGAACCGUCCGGAGACGAACAUUCUGGUGCUGGCUGGCUCGAAUACGGCCUGUGACGAGGUUGCUUUGCGCCUGCUCCAGGCGAUUGCCAAGGCUCCGGAGAGUCAACCGCGUCCCUUGGCCCGCAUCUUUGCCGCCAGCUGCGAUCGGCGCAUAGACAACAUUGAUGACCUGCUGCUGGAGUACUCCAACAUGUAUGCCGUGCACUUUUAUCCGGCCGUGCAGGCCCUGCAUCAGUAUCGCAUUAUUGUCUGCACUCUCAGUUUGGCCGGAAAGUUGUCAACGGGUGGAUUCGCCCGCGACAACAUCUUCUCGCACGUGUUUCUGGACGAGGCAGCCGCCUCGACAGAGGCAGAGGCACUGAUGGGCAUCACCUGCACCAUUUCGCCAUCGUCGAAUCUGAUCCUAUCCGGGGACCACAAGCAACUGGGACCAGUCCUGCAAUCGCAGCGGGCCAGUGAAUGGGGUCUGGAUGUGUCCUUAUUCGAGCGGCUGGUGGAGAGAAAGUGCUACCAGGUAGACAAGGAUGGUAACUACAACAAGGCCAUUCAAACGCGCCUGAUUCGCAACUUCCGAUCCCAUCCUGAGAUCGUUUCGCUGUACAACGAGCUCUACUACAAUGGAAAGCUAAAGGCCCAGGCUCCAAUGGAUGCUGUUUGCCGUUUCAAGACUUGGUUCCACACCCCCAAUGCCGAUUUUCCAAUCAUGUUUCAUUCAGUAUUUGGCACUGUGAUGAACACCAAGAGCUCCGUAAGUUUGUGCAACAACAAGGAAAUCGAUGCCGUCAUGGACUAUGUCAAGGAUCUCAUGUAUUUUGGCUUGAACGGAGAGAAGGUGUCGCAGUCGGAUAUAGGAGUCAUAUCGCCCUAUAAGAGCCAGUAUCAACGCAUUCAAGAGCAGUUGAACAUGCGCAACUGGUCGCAGAUCGAUUGCGGGUCUGUGGAACUGUUCCAGGGCAAAGAGAAGCAGGUGAUCAUAGUGUCCUUUGUGCGAUCCUUUACUCCCAAGCUGGGUUUUCUGAACAACCAACGGCGCCUGAACGUCCUGUUAUCGCGUCCGAUGUCCCUGCUUAUUCUGAUCGGUAAUCCGCGAACGCUCAGCCAGAAUAACGACUUCCGGCGUAUUAUUGAAAUGUGUCGUGAUCGCAAGACUCUGGUGGGAACGCCGUACUUUCGCGAAGAAGUUAACUUCCAGAAUAAGCAGAACGCCACACCCGGAGGCGCACGUAGCGGAGCUGCUGGGGCUGCUGCUGUUGAGCACCAACAGCAGGCUACUACACCACAGCCGGGCCUGGGGCAGACCCUAAAGCGAACUGCUUCCAAUUCGAAGAACCCGGCUCAGGCAGUUAGGCUGUUCUACAACAAGGAGCAGUUGCUUAAACUCGGCACCGAGGCAAAGCCUUCCCAAAAGACCGAGCUAGACAAGAUCUUUGACGAGUUGCCAAAGGUUCCCGGCCAGGGAACACGCUACGUAAACCAAAACUGCGAUGCAACUCGUGCGGUUACGGCUCAACUGAAGAACUUAAAAUUGGAAAAGCAGGGCCAGGCCAAGGCUUCAACUUCAACGGCGCCAUUAAAGCAUACAAAGCCCUUGAAUCUGCCGGUCAAUACGCCCUUUAGGCUUCCCUCAGAUAAGGGCGAGCAAAAACCAACGGUAGAGAAAGCCUCCAAACCAUUACAGGCCAUCCCGUCACUUGGAAGUGAGUCAAAACCAUCGGAACGGAAGGCCUCUAAACCCAUGUCUAUACCAGAAAUAUCGCCAUCUAGGAGCGGGCAACGCUACAUUAAUGGUGUGCCUUGUGGCAUCGAAGUGCCGUACCAGCCCAGUGCUCCGCAAAUGUCGCCGCCAAAGACAACUUACAGUUAUAUUCCAAGAGGAAAUCACCGAUUCGAGAAUAUGCGUCCCAUGUCCGAUGAGUACCGGCGCCCGCCGCCCUUCUACGAGCCGCACAGCGGCUGGACUCAGAUGGAUUGGCAGCGAACCCCGUCGCCGUCGCCGCCGCCCAGAACGGAAAAGAAGUCGAAGUGUAUAAUUUCAUAAAAGUGUAGCUUCUUAGGAGAGUAGCUAUCUCCAAUCUAUGAGGAUUAUGCUGUUGCUUGGCCUAACAAGCGAUAGUUUGGUCCUCUUUUUGACUUUGCUAUUGGCAUUUGUGCGAUCUGCGAUCAUCCAUGCGCCAAUUAGCAAAACAACUUACCAAAUAGAUUCGCACUUGACGUGCGCCCACCCGAGAAGGCUAGAGACAGGCGGAAGGAGGAGCCAGCCCACCGUCCUGUUCUGUCCUUCCCGUCUUGGCGCCAUCACAUGCGAAUGUUUUUGAUUCGAGCAUAGACAUGGAGCCCUCAAAGUGAACACUUUUCGGUUGCAACUGCCUGCAUCGUUAUCCGUUUAUAAUACGCACGAUGGCCGUCCAUUAUGGGUGGGCCCACGUCUGUAAUGUAAACCAGAGAUAUGAGUGCGAUUAGUUUUUUACUUUGGGUGUUUAUUAGCUGUCAAGUUAUUUCCAUGGUUAAACGAUCUUUAAACUAAGUUCCAAGCCAAUUAAUAUAUGUGUAUUCCGCACCAUUGAAGUUCUGUGACUGUUCUGUUCCAUAUCUAUGUACCAUUACUUAUUAUUAAGUGAACAAAUAUGUAAGUGAAAAAAAGACAUGUUUAAAUUGACAGCCUCUAUGUUAAACCUUGACUGUAUUUAGUACUUGAAAAAGACAAUUUGAUUUCAAUAAAUAUUCCACAUUAUCACCUGUA